AUAUCCGUAAUCUGUGGUGUGGAAGAAGUCAAAUCAGCUGUUGACACAAGAAUAUUGUUAUAGUAUCUUCAAUUUCCAACUAAGAUAAAAUGUCUUAUCAACUUUACAGAAAUACAACACUUGGGCAUACGCUCCAAGAAAGUCUAGAUGAAUUAAUUCAGUAUGGACAAAUAACUCCACAGUUAGCUAAUAAAGUUGUCUUGCAAUUCGAUAAGUCAAUUAAUCAAACCUUGGCCACUAAAGUUAAAUCAAGAUUGACUUUUAAGGCUGGGAAGCUGAAUACUUAUAGAUUUUGUGAUAAUGUAUGGACAUUCAUGUUGAAUGAUGUGGAAUUCAGGGAAGUACAAGAAGUGACUAAGAUUGAAAAAGUUAAAAUAGUAGCUUGUGAUGGAAAAAGUAUAAAUGAAGAAAGCACUUCCAAAAAAUGAAGUUUAAUAAAUUCAAUAAUGAGAGAGGGAGGAUGACUUGAUUGAAAAGCACCUAUUCACAUAUUUAGAAAGUUAAAUAUCUAUUAUUCUUAGUGAAUAUUGUUUUUAGCUGCGUAAUAAUAGUCAAUACCUAAAGAAUAAAAGUGAUAAUUAAGUUAAGUCCAGAUUUAUGUUUGUCUGAUUUUUAAAAAAAUAUUGUGUUAAAUAUGUGAGUAGGUUUUACAAUGUAAAUUUUUUCAACAAAAGUGCUUUAUUAUAAUUAGAUAUUAAUAAAAUAUUUUCCAACCAAA